AUGACUAGAACAAGGAAAACCUUGUCGCCGACGCAGCUUGAACAUAAACGGGCCCACGACCGUGAAGCCCAGAGGGCAAAUCGAAGAAGGGUGAAAGAGAGAAUUAUUAGACUGGAGAAAGAGCUCGAGGAGAAAAGAGGCCACAUAGGCUCCAGCAGAGUAUACCAAGAACUUCUUCGACGGAAUCGACUUCUCGAGGAGGAGGUAGCCAGGCUUAAGAGUUCACUUGCUGCCUCUUCGACAGCCGGUUUGUCACCUGUCGCCUCGUCGCCUGCGUCACUAGCAGAAAGCAACGGUCUUACCGAGUAUCGGUGUAUAACAGAUGAGGCGCCGUACUCUGGACACGAGGCCUACCAUUGUUUGAUGCCCAACUCUACCUUCCCCGGAAUGGUAAGCGACGUUCAGUCACGCAACAGCACGGUCUAUCAUGAUAACCAUCAGCAACCUGUUACUUUGGGCGGGCCAGACACUAGUCUGUCUACGAGUUGGUACAAAUCCUCUUCAAACUUUGUAAACAGCACCUCACACGCCGGUACAUUUCAACACAUCGUCGAUAACUACGGUUGGCCAGACUACGGUGGGAAUCACUCCAUGCUCAAAGCCGGACAUUUACAAAAUAAAAUGGAUACCGGAAGCGAGCUGUGGAGCAUGGAGCAGCGUCAUGAGGCAUACUACGAAAGCAGUCGCUACAGUUUAGAGGCUCCAGCUGGUACUGGUGUUUGGGAUAGUGGCUCACCUCACAAAUUGCAAGUACGGUAUCAUCCUGCUGGGGAUUGUUUCUCGGAGAACGCGCCCAGGUUGGGGAAAACCACUGCGUGCCAACCCUUAGCGUCUUCCAACAGCGCUGAACUCGCAGGCAACUACGCCUACAAGGCUGCAUGUAUCUAA